GCAACCUCAGUCGCCUUCCUAUCAUUACGCUAAUCAGUCUCAUUGGGCACCGCCAAGAAACUUGACUUUCAAGGACUUCAACAAGAGCUGCGUGGACGAAUUUGAUCGGGCCUAAAUGAAAUAGUCACUGUCGCCCCUGACAGACUUCUAUGAUGAUGAUAAUGACUUCAAUUGCAAUUCUUCCUCUGUCGCUAAUGGUCAAGAUAUGGAUUUUUAACGCCUUCUCAUCUACGGCAAAUGGUGACAGUUCUUCGGUGAGUUACUCCAUGUCUAAAGGAAACUUUUCUACGGUCACUCAUUCAAUCCAUUGGUCAGUCAAUGGGUCGGUCAAUGAAUAUUACACUGCUGACAUUAUGAAUGUUACAAGUACAAUGUCCCACGUCAUGAGCAACUCUGUCCCAGUUUCCCCUCCGCCUAUGCUGCCACCACACUGUUACCAUGUAUGCAAAUGCAACUAUUCCGCUGAAUAUGCCACUUCUUCCAUGAAGUACAACAUGACGUUAAACUCCUCUUCCGCGAUGUACAGCAUGGCGUCAAUGCCCUCCCCCGUUCAUCACAGCAUGUCUUCAGAGUCCAUGAGUGUAUCAUACCACGUGAGCCCCUCCCCAUCAGGUUCCAGUAUGACGUACACGCAGAGCGCAAACUUCACGCCAAUGAGCUACUCUUGGACUCCAUGGCCCACACCGAGUUCUACAGUGUCUGAGCCUUUUUAUUGUCCCGAUGUGUCUUGUUGGGUGGAGAUUGAGUGUAUGAACCAUACCAAUAGUAUCUCUAAAACGUCUUAUGUCUCAACAUCAUCCAUUCCACCAACAGAUUGUCCAGGGAAACUUGACUGCAAAG